AAAAAGAUUCUCAAUAAUCAUGAAUAUUGGGAACAGCUUAAUGAGCAUCUUGAAUUUCAGGGGCCAAAUUCUCAUGCCACAAAAUAUAAAACUCAUAAAUCAAUUUUUGUUAAAAAUAGAUUUGUCUGUGAUAAUCUUUUUAAUCUUUAUAAUAUUAGUAAAAAUAAUAAUGUUUGUUCAUUAUGUGAUACAGAAUAUUUUUUAAUAGAAAAAUGUCGAAAUCUAAUUGGUGAAAUUCGUGAAGAAAAAAGAUUAAUUGGAUAUGAGUUUUGUCGAUUUGUUGAG